AUGAAUCCGCAUUGGUGGGGUACUCCGUCUAAUGCGGAAAGCAAGUAUAGAAGUACGGGAUUAUCGCCAUCAUGGGCCGAAUCUCCCACACCACCUCGAAUUACGGCAGAACAAUGGGCAUCGGUUACUAAUCAAAAGCAAAGUGAACUGAAAAUGACAACAGAUUUAUAUGCACCAUCAUCUCUUGAUCCAAGGAACUGUAGUCAAACAAAAACGGCGUUUUAUGCUAAAAUUGUCAAAGAUGCCAGCAAUGGUGAAUCAUCGCGAAACUAUGACAGUUCUGAACAUGACAGUAGUUCAGUUGAAGACGUUUCAACUUCAAUUGAAGAUGUUACAACUUCAAGUUCAAGCAAGGAUGGAUCUGAAUGUGAAUCAUCAAAGGAGGUUGUUGAUUCUGAUGCAGAUAGGUCAACAUCUGAGAGUGAUUCCAGUCAGAAAAAGAAAAAGGAUGUCACGUGCAUAGGUUAUAAGAAGUGUCCACCACCUAUUAAACACGAUUAUUCUUCGAUGUCUGAUGAGGAAAAUAAACCUCAUUUUGAGCCCUCAGUUUCAUUGAGCCUUGAGGAAUUCACAAUUGGGCUAGGUUACAAAAAGGAAGUAUCUUCAGAUUCAGAUGUGUCAGCAGAUACAGAUGUGUCAAGUGCUGAACAAAAUCAGGAUCCUCCAGUCAUUGUUGAGGAUGCUGAUUCGUCAGAUGAUGAAUCCGAGGAUACUAACUCUGAACAGUCAGAAACGGUAACAAAAGAGAAAACAUACCUCUCGAGAAUCACAUUCUUUGUGAUCCACCUGCAAAACCGUUUGUGA